ACUCAACUGUAGAAUAUCCUACCACCGAUAUCAUCGUGUCGUGGCAUCUAUCACAAAUGAUCAGAGCUCGUUAGAAACAUACACUCCAGUGAAAAAGAAGAAAUGCCAGUAGGUUAGAAAAUCAAAAACAAAGAAACAUACAAGUUAACCUCAAAGGCAUGUAAACAGAAGAAGCUGUCAAAUCAAAGAAAGCAUGUGAUUGGAAAAUAGACGAAAAGAAAAAUAAUAAAUAGAGAAACGAAUUCGAGACUUUUCUAAAAAAAGGUUUUUUCGACAUUUAAGAUACAACAAACCAGUGCAAUAAGAUGAUGAAACAAGACAAUGUUCAGGUUCCGAAUCAGAUACAGAAUGUACCAAUCAUCCCCUAUCAAAUAGAUUCCUCAAUCGCUAUAAGAAUAGCCAUGGGAGCAAAAAUGAUCCACGAAAGAGCACUGAUGGCUCGUGCGGAUAUAUGGCACAAAAUCAGAGUUAUCAGAGGCUCCCAGUACGACAAGGAGACAGUUUUGAAAGCUAUUUUAAAAGCGAUAGAACCAAUCGAUUUAAUACCAGUGAAAUAUCAAGUUUGCGGAGAGGAUGCAUAUUUUAUAGCGAGAAAUUGCGGCCCUGCUCUCGAAAAGCUGUGCAAAACAAACCUGAUCAUUAAAAAUGUCAAAGGCGAUGCUAUUAUUCUUGUGGUGACUUUGGGAUACGCCUCGAUCAAUGAUCUGAGAAUCCACAUACAGCCCUUACUAUUAACCGCACUGACCAAGAAAUACGAUCCAAAUCAAAAGAUGUUAAACUUGGAAAACUUUCAUUUAGAUCCAGAUAUAGACAAGACUGUCUAUUGCCCAUUGUCACAGCUCAGAACGUCCAAUCACGUUUUGAAGAUGGCCAAAACUGCUAUAGCCACUAUUGAACAUCUGAAUCUACAACGCAACAAGUUGUUCAACAUAUCGGCAAUAGAGAAUUCGAGUUUAACAUCCAUUAAAUACUUAGACUUGAGGCAUAAUAAUUUAUUGAAUAUGGACGCGCUAACUCCCCUCAAGAAUCUGGAGAUCGUCAAACUUUGGCUGGACGGAAAUCCACUUUGCGAGAAUUACUCAACCGCGAACCAGUACGUCGAAUCUGCGAAAAAAUAUUGUCCACAUUUGCAAGAACUAGAUGGUGUAUCCAUUGUGCCAAAUAUGCCAUUGAUGUACAGAGACUACUUUCAGGACGAAAGGACGCAGCGUCUCGUACAUAAAUUCGCCUAUCAUUUCUUUAAUUUACACGAUCAACUCGAUAGGACGAUUUUACGAGGACUUUAUCACAAGGACGCGUUUUAUUCCAUGAGCUUUGCCAUUCCCAAUGCAGUCGCGCAGAGGACUGGACUUAAUCUGUACACAGGCAACAGAAAUCUGCUAAAGAAAGGACCGAAGAAAAAUACGUUUCUCUAUCAUACUCAGGAGGACAUUCUGGUAGCUUUGAGCAAAUUGCCCAGGUCUUAUCACGACAGGAAUUCCUUCACAUACGACGUCAUGUAUGACGAUGACAAGUGCAUCGUGUUUUGCGUCUCGGGAUUAUUCAAAAAGCUAAGUUCCGGCACGAACGUGCUGUCGUUUUCUAGAACAUUCGUACUGUUGGCUUCCCUGGACAACGAGUAUCACAUUUUAAACGACCAGUAUCAUAUAUACGCAGCGCCAGACAAUGUGACAUCCGAUAAAAUAGUAGUGAAAUAUGCAUACGACGAGAUCAUGCCAGUUUGCUUCAGUCCGAGCGAAAAGUCGGUACUGAUCACCAGAAUGAAGCAGGUCACCAAAAUGAACGACGAAUGGUGCGAAUCAUAUUUAUCGGAAGAUCAAUGGGACAUGCGAAAGGCGAUAUCCAACUUUAUGAAGGAUUUGAAAAGUUCCUCGAUAUCGGAAAACGCAUUCGUUAAUAAAUAAAACAGGCGUUUUCAAAGUCCUACAUAAAUAACAAUAUUUAGCUUUGUGUAAAUAAAUUUGUAAUUUAUAUAUUUUAAAAGAUUUUCUGGAUUAGAUCUUUCUCUCCGUAGCAAAAAUUAUACGCUAUUUAAUUAUAUUAUAUAUA